AUGAUGGAUUUGCUUUUCUUUUCUCUUUUACUUCUUGUUGGAACUUCAGAGACACAGGUUGAUGUUUCCAAUGAUGUUUAUGGCACUGGGUAUGAUGUAACGCUCUCUUCAAUUUCUGCUACAACAUAUAGCUCACCUGUGAGUAGAACAGUGACAACAAACGUGACAAAACCAGGGCCUCCAGUCUUCCUAGCUGGCGAGAGAGUUGGAUCUGCUGGGAUUCUUCUUUCGUGGAAUACCCCGCCUAAUCCAAAUGGAAGGAUCCUAUCUUAUGUUGUUAAGUACAAAGAAGUAUGCCCGUGGAUGCAGACAGCAUACACCCGAGCGAGAGCAAAACCAGACAGUCUGGAGGUUCUUCUCACUAACCUUAACCCUGGAACGACAUAUGAGAUUAAGGUUGCUGCCGAAAACAGCGCUGGCAUUGGAGUGUUUAGUGACCCAUUUCUUUUCCAAACUGCAGAAAGUGCUCCAGGUAAAGUGGUCAAUCUGACAGUCGAAGCCCUCAACUAUUCUGCAGUAAACUUGAUUUGGUAUUUACCCCGGCAACCAAAUGGCAAAAUCACUAGCUUCAAGAUUAGUGUCAAACAUGCCAGAAGUGGCAUAAUAGUGAAGGAUGUCUCCAUCAAAGUUGAGGACAUUUUGACCGGGAAAUUGCCUGAAUGUAACGAGAACAGUGAAUCUUUUCUGUGGAGUACCUCCAGUCCCUCUCCAACCCUCAGUAGAGUCACGCCUCCCCUCCGCACUACACAUUCAUCCAGCACAUUGGCACGGAAUAAGAUCAGCUCUGUGUGGAAAGAGCCCGUCAGUUUUGUGGUGACUCACCUGAGACCAUAUACGACAUAUCUCUUUGAAGUUUCAGCUGUUACAACUGAAGCAGGGUAUAUUGACAGUACUAUUGUUAGGACACCAGAAUCAGUGCCUGAAGGACCACCACAAAACUGUGUAACAGGCAACGUAACAGGAAAGGCCUUUUCAAUUUCGUGGGACCCACCAACUAUUGUAACAGGGAAGUUUAGCUACAGAGUUGAAUUAUAUGGACCAUCAGGGCGGAUUUUGGAUAAUAGCACGAAAGACCUUAGAUUUGCAUUUACACACCUGACACCAUUUACAAUGUAUGAUGUUUAUGUUGCUGCAGAAACUAGUGCAGGGGUUGGACCCAAGUCAAAUCUUUCGGUAUUUACCCCUCCAGAUGUUCCAGGUGCAGUGUUCGAUUUACAAAUCACAGAGGUAGAAGCCACAGAAAUCAGAAUUACUUGGAGGAAACCUCGACAACCAAAUGGAAUCAUCAACCAAUACCGUGUGAAAGUGUCAGUCCUGGAGACAGGAGUCCUUUUGGAAAAUACUCUGCUCAUAGGACAAGAUGAGUAUAUAAGCAGCCCCAUAUCUCCAGAAAUGAUGAACCUAGUGGAACCAAUGAUAGGAUUUUAUGAGGGUUCAGCAGAGAUAUCUUCGGACUUGCACUCCCUGGCUUCAUUCAUAUAUAACAGCCACCCAUACAAUGACUUUCCUGGCAGGACUAGAGCUGAAGACCAGAGUUCACCAGUUGUAACCACCAAGAAUCAGUAUAUUACUGACAUCACUGCUGAACAGCUGUCUUAUGUUAUCAGGAGGCUUGUGCCAUUCACUGAGCACACGGUUAGUGUAUCUGCUUUCACCAUCAUGGGCGAAGGACCACCAACGGUUCUCACUGUUAGGACACGUGAGCAAGUGCCAAGCUCCAUCCAAACUAUAAACUAUAAAAAUAUUAGUUCUUCAUCUAUUUUGCUAUAUUGGGAUCCUCCAGAAUAUCCUAAUGGGAAAAUCACUCAUUAUACAAUCUAUGCAAUGGAAUUGGAUACACACAGAGCAUUCCAGAUGACUACCGUAGAUACCAGCUUUCUCAUCACAGGGUUGAAGAAAUAUACAAGAUACAAAAUGAGAGUAGCUGCCUCAACUCAUGUUGGGGAAGGUUCUUUGUCAGAAGAAAAUGACAUCUUUGUGAGAACUCCAGAAGAUGAACCUGAAUCCUCACCUCAAGAUGUCAAAGUAACUGAUGUGUCUCCAAAUGAAAUGAGAUUGCAAUGGUCCCCACCUGAAAAACCUAAUGGGAUUAUUAUUGCCUAUGAGGUGCUUUACCAAAACACAGACACCUUGUUUCUAAAGAACACCUCAACAACAAACAUAAUUUUAAGUGACCUAAAACCUUACACCCUCUAUAACAUUUCUGUCUGGUCAUAUACCAGAGUUGGCCACGGCAAUCAGUCAUCCUCAGUCCUCUCUAUAAGGACAUCAGAGACGGUGCCUGGUAGUGCACCAGAAAAUAUUACUUACAAAAACAUUUCCUCCAGAGAAAUAGAGAUAUCCUUCCUUCCUCCAAGCAGUCCGAAUGGCAUUAUACAAAAGUACACAAUUUACCUCAAGAGAAAUAAUGACAGCGAGGCAAGAACUGUAAAUACAACCUCUCUGACACAGAACAUUAGAGGACUAAAGAAAUAUACCCAUUAUGUGAUCGAGGUGUCUGCUAGUACAUUAAAAGGUGAAGGAAUUCGGAGUUUACCAAUAAGCAUACUGACAGAGGAAGACGCUCCUGAUUCUCCUCCUCAGAACUUCUCUGUGAAACAGUUGUCUGGUGUCACUGUGAUGUUGUCAUGGCAACCACCCUUGGAGCCAAAUGGAAUUAUCCUCUAUUACACAGUUUAUGUCUGGUAAGAAUUUUUUUGGAAGUAGUUCUGAGAACAAAUAUUAAUUUGUAAUAUAAUAGGAAUGUAGUGUUUAUUUCACAAUGUGAUGCUGUAUUAGGGUCCUGAUUAUUAA